AUGACCUGGGACUUUGAUAGGAUCUACUAUGGGCACUACUGGCUCAACACCGUGAGCAAGCCCAGCAAGUCAAGGACAGCUACCCUGAAAGUUCGGCCCACAGUGCGGCCUCUGCUGACCUUCCUUCGAAUGCUGAAGAAGCCUCAAGAACGUACCAUAUUCACCCAUCAACAGUACAGGGAGUUGGAGGCUCUCUUUACACAGAUCAUGUUUCCAGAUAGAAACUAACUCCAGGAACUAGCCUUGCAACUCAACCCGCCAGAACAAAAAAUAAAGGUUUGGUUCCAAAACAGGUGAUUCAAAUUUAAGAAGCAUCAGCAGCAGCAGCAAUCAAAAGCUAUCAAUCAAACUCUUGCAGCUGAGAUGAAUCUACCCAUUUACCCUGGAAUAUCCAUGGAUCCUUGCUCUUUGUUCCCAAUUGUUUCAGAUUUCUGUAGCACCCUUCUACCUCAGCUCUUAAGCCCUUCCUGUGACAAGUGGGAUUUCAUCUUCACAGAGGAUCCCAUGGGUGAUUUCUAAACGCAGGAUCUUCCCUUGGAGCAGCUGGUGGCCUUGGUUCCUCCCUUGUUCUCGAAUGCCAAUAACAUAGCCCAGAUCAUAGAGUUGUAACAGCUUCCUGAUGAGGAUGAGAUAUCCAGAUCCUCCUUCCAUUGUCUCUUUCAGCAUCUCUCGCCACAAAGCCCCCAUCUGGAACAGGAUUCCUCCUCACUCAGUACUUCUGCUGGUGAAGCUCUGAGUUUAUCUCCUGAGCUAGCCUGGCCCAACUCAACAAGCCAAGAGUGUGUAGCCUGCAGUGGCACUGACAGCACGGAAUUCCAGGACUAA